UACGUUGUAUUCCGCUUGAACAGCAGAGCACCACACGGACAGAUCCUCAGGUUAGCCACAGUGACAAUGUCGAAAUUUGAGGAAGUACAAAAAGAGAUCUGUAAAUACGACUAUGUGCGGUUUGCCCUCUGUGACCUGAAUGGCAUGAAUCGUGGUCAAGUGAUAGCUGGUCGCUAUGCCGCCGAAUACAUGGACGAUGGGUUGGAUUUGUGCGAAGACACUUUGGUAUUUGGCCCGAGAACAGAAAUAACUACCAUAGUGCAUGAGAAGAACUAUAAUAUUGGCAAUAUGUUGAUCUUUCCUGACGCUGACACACUGAGGUCCAUUCCCUGGGCUCCGGACGGAGUAAAGGUUGCUGAAGUCUUGUGUGAGUCUCGAUGGAAGAAAGACAACUCUCCACAAGAUGCGUGCCCUCGGUAUGUAGCAAGACAGCAGCUUCAGAGGUUGGGUGAUCUUGGAUUUGAUUUGUAUUCCGGUCAUGAGAUUGAAUUUAUACUCCUUGACAAUGAUACAUUGAAGCCAGUUUUUGCAGGAGACGAUAUGUACAGCAACAGGGUAUUUAACAACCAUAGCAAAUUGUUAUUCCACUUUGAUAGGCAUUUUCAAGAAUCCAAGAUAGAUGUUGAAAGGUAUCAUGUCGAAAUGGGACCUGGGCUUUUUGAAGCUGUGGCAAAACCCAAAUAUGGAAUCGAGAGCCCGGAUAUGGCCUUUAGCCUGAGGGAAGGUCUCUUGGAAAUGGCAGAUUUGGAGGGUUUUAAAAUCACCUUCAUGUCCCAUCCAUACUAUAAUCAGAUGGGGCUCUCCACACAUUUAAAUUUUUCGCUAUGGAAUAGAUCUGGUGAAAACAUAUUUUAUGACGAAUGUUCUCCAGACAAGCUGUCUACAGUCGCCAAAAGAUGGAUUGCCGGUAUCCUGAAACACAGUAAAGCUCUCUGUGCCUUUGCAAACCCAACUGUCAACUGCUAUAGGAACCUGGGUAAAUUUGGUUAUCCAUCAACCAUCUGUUGGGGAAUAGAGGACCGAUAUGCAUGCAUUCGCGCAAAAAACGAUGGACCUUCAAGAACAUACCUUGAGAACAGACUACCUGGCGGAAAGAGCAAUCUGUAUCUCGUAUUGGCGUCUACCAUUGCUGCUGGACUGGACGGCGUAAUUAAAAAGAUGGAGUGCCCACCCCCGGGCAAAACAAAGGACGACGAAUCCCUCCCUCUUUCCCUGGCAGAAGCUCUGGAUGAGCUGGAAAAGGAUGAGGUUCUAUGCAAUGCCUUAGGAAAGGAACUGGUGACAUGGUUUGUCAAGUGCAAGAGAGAUGUGGAGGUCGCUAAGUUCAAAUUGCUUAAGUCCGACGAGGAACGCUUUGCUAUGGAAAGAGUUGAAUACCUUUAAUAUGACAACAUGUUGGGCUUGUCAACAAUGUAUGAUCGUUUAGCACUUUAGUUGUGAUACUCUAUUCUGGUUGGCCAACCAUAACUACUUGUCUCUGAUUUAAACAUCUUAUUUGAUGACGGUAUCUCCGCUGAAGUGAAUGUUUAUAGAAACGUACUUCCUGCCCAAUCAAGGCUUAAAAUGAGGAUUUCAGCAAACGUGGGUUAUAAGUCGCGGAUGAUCUGCGGCUAUCUGCGGCGAUAUGGACACGAAAUUCCCGAUAUCACCCGAAUCAAACUAUUUGACAUAGAACAAUUCUGUAUAGUUUGUUUGUAUGGAGGCUGUCCUUUAUAUUUAAUGAAAUAUUUUAUGCAAGUUUAUGAAAAGAAAAUGAGAAAAGAAGUACACAGACGAGUGAAGCUCACAAAAUGGAAAGAUUAGCUGCACCUAUUAAACAUUUCAGCAAAUUUGUCCGUCGGCCAAAGAAUACAUAGCAUCCUAAAUAACUAUGACAGGAUUUGCCAAUUGGCUCAAUCCUAUUUCUGCAGGUUUAGAUUCUCAAUUAAAAAACAUUUCAUUUAUUCACUUAUGCAUGGAUAUAAUUGACAUAAAUAUCCUCUAGUUAUUUAAUAUUUAGUUAGUUUGGAUGACUAGUUCAUUAUAGUAUGUAAUAAUCGGUAUGGAAUAACAUCCUCUGUUACUUCUGGUUUCCAUUAGUGAGUGAGUUGGUCAAUAUUGUUUUACGUUCUGCGGUAUAUUCGCUUUGUAUUAGGUCCCUUUAGAAAACAACCACAGCAUUAUUUCAGGUACAGAAGAUCACCUUAUAAGUGACAUAUGAUUUGAAGAAUACCGCAGUGAGCAGUGAGCCCGUGAGCAGUGAGCCCUUAUAUGGUUCGCUGUAUGGUCGUUGUAUUUUCUUUGUCGGGUAGCCGAAUGUUGAAGAUCAAUUCAUAACUUAUGCAGAGUGUUGGAGUCUUACCUUAUGCCCGUUACACCUUUAGCUUAGGAAACAUAGGAAAGUUGGUUUACAUAGAUUGGCAAUAUCGAAGGUUAGGUAAUUAGUUUGGUAACAUUAGAACACAUUUAGAAAAGAUUGCCAGGGAUGGAGUUUAAAGGAAUUUAGCUUAGUGCUUAGUUGGAUCAUGUACUUAUUUAAAGCUACGUUGUCUGGAUUGUCAUACCACUAUUAACCUGGGGAAAAUGAACAAAGUUUGACAAAUAUUUUAUCACGUUAAAUGUCACAUAUUGAGAGUUGGGAAUUGUGAAAUAAGGUAAUAUUUCUACUACCGGCCACGUUCUAUUAUCUUUAGACUGCCAAGGGUAAACACGAUAACGCAUAACGGACAGGACCUGCAUCUCUCAUGGUGCUGGUCAGAUAGAGUCAGACGUUAAUAUCUUUAUCAUCCACCCUUAUCAAAUCACCCGUACCACGUGUACAUUCGUUGCAUACUAGAAACUGGUAAUCUAUUAUUCUUACUAUUCUUACUCAUAAACACCUUUGUCAUCAAUGCCACGGUCAAACUAAAUUAUAUAAUUCUGUCCAGAUAGCGAUACUAAAGUUCGCAAUAACAACUUUAUCGUCAGUUUUAAUCAAUCAAUGAGAUUAUCUGUAGUUGCCAGAAUAGGUAUAAAUACGGACAGACAGUCACCAAUAAUUCUGUGUCUGUCUAAUAAACUGACUGUUUAUUCA